AUGCUAAUGUAUUUUCUGGUGAGGGCAGGGCAGUCUGAGUAUGAGAGCAUAGGAGUAAUCAACACAAAUCCGGUUGUGAAAACUUCUGUCGAUAAGGAGUUGUCGGAGAAAGGAAAGAAGCAGGCAGUGAGGUCAGCUUUCAAUUUGAGGGAAAUGGGAGCUUGUGACAAGGACUGUUGGAUAUGGCCUUCUCUCACCCAGAGAGCUUACCAGGCUGCAGAGAUGAUUGCAGCCGUUAAUGGGGUCAGUCGAAGGUGCGCAAGUUAUAAUUUUGUUAAUGCACCGCAGGUAUAUGCAUCAGACACUCUUCCUCCCCCUAUCGAUGAUGGAACCACAAACGAGAGCGUCUCAGACAUAUUCAUUCGGGUGAUACAGCUCAUGUCCAAACUCAAGACUCAGUAUUCUGAAGACACUGUGACCAUUGUCUCACCAGAUUCAGAAAAUUUGACAGUCCUUCAAGCUGGUAUAACUGGACUUGACUUGCGCAGGUAA